GGGGAGGGGUUAGUUUCCCACAGGGGAUUUCAACCAUCACACUCAGAGCCCGCCUCCUAAUCCUCGGGCGGAGCGGCUCGGGGGCCCCAUUUUUAUGGCAAUAAAGCGACUUAGCGCCUGCUGAGCGAGCCCCUCCCCGCCGCCGCCCCCGCCCUCGGCCCCACCCCGGGGCUCGCCCGCAGCGGCGGGGCUUUGUUUCUGGGGAGGAGGACCCGGAGCUCUUUUGUUUGGGGGUUUGGUGUUUUCACCCCCCCCCACCCCACCCCACCCUACCCCACCCCACCCCCCGCGCCUCUCCGGUCUCCUGAGCUGCGGGCUGCAAGGGAGGAGAAGCGGCGUCUUGCAACCCCCUCGGCUGGGCCCCGGGGUAAUUCGAUGCGGGCCUGGCGAGGCUCCCCACGCUAGACCCGGGAUCGCGUCUCGGCAGCCUCCACCCACCGGCCCACCCUACAUUUAGCGCAUCAUGUGAUCCGGGAUCAAUGUGACUCUAGAAACAAAUGGCUGAAUGAAUAUCCAUAUGAAGAGGAAAACAAUAAAGAAUAUCAGCACCUUUGAGAACAGAAUGUUAAUGCUUGAUGGGAUGCCGGCAGUCAGAGUCAAAACAGAGCUUUUGGAAUCUGAACAAGGGUCUCCAAACGUCCACAACUACCCCGAUAUGGAAGCUGUUCCCCUGUUGCUAAAUAAUGUGAAAGGGGAGCCCCCAGAAGACUCGUUAUCUGUAGAUCACUUCCAGACACAAACUGAGCCAGUGGACUUGUCAAUCAACAAAGCCAGGACAUCCCCCACAGCCGUUUCAUCCUCCCCAGUUUCCAUGACAGCGUCCGCCUCCUCACCUUCUUCAACUUCAACCUCCUCAUCGUCUUCUAGUCGUCCAGCCUCAUCCCCAACUGUUAUAACAUCAGUAUCUUCAGCAUCAUCUUCGUCAACAGUAUUAACUCCAGGGCCCCUUGUUGCCUCUGCCUCUGGUGUGGGAGGCCAGCAGUUUUUGCACAUUAUCCAUCCUGUUCCGCCUUCAAGUCCCAUGAAUUUACAGUCUAACAAACUGAGUCACGUUCACCGCAUCCCCGUGGUGGUCCAGUCGGUGCCUGUUGUCUACACAGCCGUGCGGUCACCUGGAAAUGUGAACAACACUAUCGUAGUACCACUUUUGGAGGAUGGGAGAAGCCAUGGCAAAGCACAAAUGGACCCCCGAGGCCUAUCUCCCAGACAGAGUAAAAGUGACAGCGAUGAUGACGACCUGCCAAAUGUGACCUUAGAUAGCGUUAAUGAGACCGGAUCUACGGCCCUUUCCAUAGCCAGAGCGGUGCAAGAGGUACAUCCGUCCCCAGUCUCAAGGGUCCGGGGAAAUCGAAUGAAUAAUCAGAAGUUUGCUUGUUCAAUCUCACCAUUUAGUAUUGAGAGCACAAGACGCCAGAGAAGGUCUGAAUCCCCAGACUCCAGAAAACGGCGUAUCCACAGAUGUGAUUUUGAGGGAUGCAACAAAGUGUACACAAAAAGUUCUCACCUGAAGGCUCAUCGAAGGACACACACAGGCGAGAAACCCUACAAGUGUACCUGGGAAGGCUGCACCUGGAAAUUCGCUCGUUCGGAUGAACUGACGCGGCAUUACCGCAAACACACGGGAGUGAAGCCAUUCAAGUGUGCGGACUGUGAUCGCAGCUUUUCGCGGUCAGAUCACUUGGCACUGCACCGCCGGAGGCAUAUGCUGGUGUGAGGAAGCCUACCUGUCCAGCUGAGCGUAAGAGCUGGAUCUCUUAGCGGCACCCAAUUCAGCAGGGCUGAAUCCCCUUCACAGUGUUAACACGAAAGGGCAUCACCAUCCCACGAUGUCUGAAAGCAGAGCAGGAAAAAGAAGUAGUAACACUUCUCCUUUCGGUCUGAAGGUAACCCCCAUCAUGACUACAUGAGAAACGACUUCACGCUGGCCUGGGAGAUCGGUGACACAGAUGCUGAAGAGACAGGCAUUGUUUUCCGUGCUGUGUCCUCUGCCAUUUCCAGGUGUUUGUCGUUUGUACCUUUUCUGAGCUGUCAGACGUUUUGUUAUUGAUACUUUAAAGGUCAUCUACCACAGAUUGAUGGCUAGAGCAAGACCUGGUAAAUUUGGAUGAUUCUUCCAUCAUCCCACCCCUGAACCCGUUUUUACAAAAGUUUGAGUUACUGUCUAAGUAAGAUAGAACCCACAUCCAAUCUGUUACCAGCAAGCAGCCUGAAAGUAGACAAGAAGAAGCUGUUGGAGAGGUUCCAUUACCUGAAAAGAAAGGAGCGCUCAGGCAGCCCUUUGCAAUAGUGAUGGCGGCCACUAGAUAUCACCCGCAACUUGUCGUUAUGCCAUGCCCUGGAGAAAACCAACAUUGAUUCUUUCAUUUGUUUGUUGUUGAUCGUUUUUGUUUCGUUCUGCUUCUGUUUUGUUCAUCUGUUGGAGCCGAGGGGCAGCGACAUUUCAGUUGGAGUCUAGUCCUGGUGUCUGCCCUGGCAUGGACGGGCACAGAGCUGUUCUGUAGUUGAAUAGGAAGAGCCUGUC